AUGAAUGUCAACUCAUCAUGUUAUGGUUUAUUUGUCGAUAUCAAUGAUACUCUUUAUUGUUCAAUGUCUACUCAUCAUCAAGUAGUGAAAAGAUCGUUGAAUGCUCCUGUAAUGACUUCAAACCGUGUUGCCGCUGGAACAGGUACUUUCGGAUUAGCCUCGAAUCAACUUGCUGGUCCUCAUGGAAUUUUUGUCGAUGUAAAUUUUGAUUUAUAUGUGGCAGAUUGUAACAAUCAUCGAGUGCAGUUGUUCCAAACGGGAGAAUCAAAUGGUAUCAUAGUAGCUGGCGAGACAUCACCAUAUCCAACAAUUACACUUUGGUUUCCAAAUGGAAUUAUAUUAGAUGCUGAGAAAUAUUUAUUUGUUGUGGAUGGACGCAACAUCAAUGGUCGCAUUGUUGGUUCGGGCUUGAAUGGUUUUCGAUGUUUAGUUGGAUGUUAUGGGUGGGGUUCACAAUCCAAUCAACUGUAUGAUCCAUUGACUUUGAGUUUUGAUCAUUCGGGAAACAUGUUUGUUACUGAUCAAAAUAACCAUCGAAUUCAAAAAUUCUUACUGAUGAAGGAUUCUUUUGCUCUUUCAUUCAAUCGGCCAAAGUUUUGUUCAAAUUCCAGCUGGUAUGCCAAUGGAACUACCACUGCUAAUCAAUUGAUUGUUGGUUCGCAACCUCGCGCCAUUUUUGUAACCACAAACAACACAAUCUAUGUUGCUAAUCAAGAAAACAACGCAAUCCUAAUGUGGGAUGAAGAGAGUGUCAAUCCAAUAAAGAUCAUUUCCGGUAAUUUUACAGAACCCUUGUCUCUCUUUGUGACAUUAAGUGAUGAUAUUUAUAUUGAUGAUGGUGCUACGAAUGGUCGAGUGCUGAAAUGGAAUGCAGAGACAAAUACCUAUGUCGCGGUGAUGAAUGUCAACUCAUCAUGUUAUGGUUUGUUUGUUGAUAUCAAUGAUACUCUUUAUUGUUCAAUGUCUACGCAUCAUCAAGUAGUGAAAAGAUCAUUAAAUGAUCCUGUGAUCACUUCAAAUCGUGUCGCUGCUGGAAUAGGUAUUGAAGGAUCACGCUCGAAUCAACUUUCGUAUCCUCGUGGAAUCUUUGUCGAUGUAAAUUUCGAUUUAUAUGUGGCAGAUUGUGGAAAUAAUGCAGUUCGACUGUUUCAGCAGGGAGAAUCAAAUGGGAUCAGCAUAGUUAUAAAUCCAUUUACAAUGAAACCUCGUUGUCCAACUGGAAUUAUAUUAGAUGCUGAGAAAUAUUUAUUCAUUGUAGAUUCAGGCAAUCAUCGCAUUGUUGGUUCAGGUGUAACUGGUUUUCGAUGUUUAGUUGGAUGUGAUGGAAAGGGUUCACAGUCCAACCAAUUGGCACUUCCAUUUAGUUUUAGUUUCGAUCAUUCGGGAAACAUGUAUGUGACUGAUCAAGAAAAUUCUAGAAUUCAAAAAUUUAACUAUGCAAAAAAAUAUUGUGGUACUCUAGUAAAUAUUCAACUCAAUUAUUCAUCGAAAUUAACUGAAGAUAGUCCAACAUAUUAUCGAGACUGUCAAGUACCGCAAUGUCAUUAUGAAACUUUACAAAUUCAUGUUAAUAUAACAGAUCCAAAAGAAAGCAGCUGUGUGAUCGGUGAUCAAUGUAACACUUAUAUCAAAGGGAUUGGUUUGACACUCGAUGAUAUUUUACGCGAUGAACUUCAACCGAACAAAGUGUUGAAUAAUCAAUCAUUUUCGAUUAAAUUCAGUGCGGGUUUAACAAUAAUUAUGUUUGUCGCAGGAUUAAUCAAUAGUGUUCUUUCUUUUAUUACAUUUCAACAUAAAGAUUCUCAACAAGUUGGAUGUGGAAUGUAUCUAUUGACAUCAUCGAUUACUUCUCUUUUAACAAUUAGUAUGUUUAUAAUUAAAUUCUGGUUUGUUGUUCUUACUCAUAUCAAUGUGUCCACUAGUCUCGCUGUUCUUCGUGGAGGUUGUGCGUCUAUUGAAUCAAUUCUAAAACUUUUUCUCUACUUGGAUGGUUGGCUUAAUGCUUGUGUAGCAGUUGAACGAGCACUACUUCUUUUUCAAGGAGUAAAUUUUAAUAAGAAAAAGAGCAAAUUUAUUGCUAAACGAACAAUUCUUAUUUUACCAUUCUGUAUUUUUGGUACUCUUAUUCACGAGUUCGUAUUUCGCAGAUUGUUCGUUUAUGAAACAGGACUAGAUAAGACAGAUACGAAUAAGACGAAUGAAGACACAAACAAUCGAUAUGUAUCAUGUAUCACUCAUUAUUCUCCUUCGAUCCAAGAUUACAAUACAGCCGUUCUAUUUUUUCAUCUUGUUGGUCCAUUUAUUGUCAAUCUUUUCUCUGCAUUAUUUAUCAUCUUUGGAGGUGCUCAACAACGAUCAACGGCACGACCUAACCAAAAUUUUAAAGAACAUAUUAAAGAACAAUUCCGUGAACAUAAACAAUUGAUUAUUAGUCCAAUAGUUUUACUCGUUUUAUCAAUACCUCGUCUCAUCAUUUCAUUACUUCCUGGUUGUGCGAAAACAUCUGAGAAGUUGUGGUUGUAUCUUGGAGCAUAUUUCAUUUCAUUUACUCCUUCAAUGCUAAUUUUUCUCAUCUUUGUCUUUCCUUCAGAAUUGUAUAUGAAAGCGUUUAAACAAUCGUUCAAUUGUAUUCGAAGGCGUACUCCUCCAUAA